AUGAACAUUGUCUCGAACCAAGAGGGUUAUUUUUCCGGUAUGACCCUGCGAAAGUGAUUAUUUUCGACUGGCAAGGGUACUGUUGACCAGUCUUUUCUCACCUCGACCUCUUCUCGUGAAGGAAAGGGAACGAACGUUCAGGCAGUUGUUCAAAAGCACGCAGAGCCUUGCUGUGCUAUCACUGAGGUCAACUCCGAUUUGUCAUUGACAUGUGCGUCGACAACCGACGACCCAAACGAAGAAGAGACCACCGUUUCCUGUACAUUGGACCAGCUCUCACCCUGGGAACGCUGGCUUCUAGAGAAGGAGGCAAAGCGAAUAAAAGAGCACAAGAAACUUAUGCAGAAAAGGGAAAUCCAGCGUGCAAAGGAGAGGGAGGAAGAGAGGGCCCAGGCAGCAAGGAAAGAACUGCACAAAAGAUUAUACAGGGAAUGGGUGAAAAAGAAGAGGGCCGAACUGUUGGAAGGACGUCGCGCGAAGGAGCUGGAAGCACAGGAAGCCCUCAAAACUGAAAUGCAACGAAAAGAAAAGCUAAAGGUAGUUGCGCUAGCUGUGUUGUAG